CAGAUCGGCCGAACAUCCCUGCACAUGGCCUGCGAAGGAGGCCACUGCGAGACCGCUGCUCUCCUGGUAGCGAAAGGCGCGGCGCGCGAGGCACGUGACAACUCCGGCCACACGCCCCUCCACCAAGCCGCGGUUCACCGACACACGGAGCUCGUGAAAGUACUCCUCGACGCGGGCUGCGACGUCGACGCAACAGACAAUAACGGAGUGACGGCUCUACAGAUGGCGUGCGCGCAGGGAUGCCGAGGCAUCGUAGAGCACUUACUAGCACACGGCGCCGACGUCCAUUUACAGAAUAAUGUGGGCUCAUCAGCGCUGCACGCCGCGUGCGCCGCCGACGCGCAAGAGAUAGUCGAGCUGCUGGUAGCUAGCGGCGCCGACCCCGCGCUCACCGACCAGUGGUCCCAGUCGCCGGUUAGCGUUGCGGGCGGCGCAGCGGAGUCCCCGCCUGAGGGCUUCCGGCGCGCGGCGCGGGGCUCCUUCUCCGCCAUCUUGGAUCUACUGACUGCCACCACCAAUCUUGAUCACCAUGAUCCCCCUGACGCCUCCGCGUCGCCGCGAGCGGAGCGAUCCAGGGAAGUGUCACCCGCAACUAACGAAGGCACCGAGGUGGACAAUGAGAGGUGAUGGUCGGCGACCACGCUGCUGGAUCGACUCGCACAGCGCGGUUUCGCGGCAGACACGAGGCUUGCUCUACCACC